AUGGUCGUGAUUGCUCUGUCUUGCUCGGCUGCAUAAUUAUCUUUGGUAUUCGUCAUUUGGCAAGCAGGAUGUGGUGUCAGAAAGAGGUAGGGUUGAGUUCCUGUGUUGUAUGUAUGUUAAAUAACUUUGCUGUAGCAAGUUCAAGAGUUUGUGCUGUGCAAGUGUGGUGUGUAUGGAACGCGAUAAAAGUGAAUGAAUUAGUGUGAGAUACGGGUUCUUCCUCUCCAUCUAAAAGCAAUUUGAAGCUUUUUGAGUGGGGAGAAUACAUCAUGGCGGCGAACAUCAGGAAUAGGACAGCACAACACAAGAAUAUUACGUCAAUAUUCUCUAAACUACACGAUGCAUUUGCUGAUGUAGUAGCGUCACCAAAAAUAGCAACCGAUAAAAGAACAUUAGAUAAGACAUGGAAGCUGAUGGACAAAGUUGUGAAACUGUGUCAACAUCAGAAAAUGAAUUUGAAAAAUUCCCCUCCGUUCAUUUUGGAUAUUCUUCCAGACACCUAUCAACAAUUAAAACUUAUUUACUCAAAAUAUGAAGGUGAAAUGGCUGUGCUUCACAAGAACGAACAUUUUGUCUUGUUCACGGACAAUUUAUUUAGAAAAUGCAAGCAGGCUAUUAAACUUUUUAAAGAAGGGAAAGAGAAGAUGUUUGAUGAAAAUUCACAUUACAGAAGAAAUCUUACCAAACUCAGUCUAGUGUUUAGUCAUAUGUUAAGUGAACUUAAGGCAAUAUUUCCAAAUGGGACAUUUGCUGGUGACCAAUUCAGGAUCACCAAGAGUGAUGCUGCGGAGUUCUGGAAAAACAACUUUGGAAACAGUACUCUAGUGCCAUGGAAGAUCUUCAGGCAGGUAUUGAAUGAAGUUCAUCCAAUCAGCUCUGGGUUGGAGGCAAUGGCCCUUAAAUCCACCAUUGACCUGACAUGUAAUGAUUACAUUUCCAACUUCGAGUUUGAUGUUUUCACAAGACUGUUCCAGCCAUGGACAACUCUGUUAAGAAACUGGCAAAUUCUGGCAGUAACACAUCCGGGUUAUGUGGCAUUCCUCACCUAUGAUGAAGUGAAAGCACGUUUACAGAAAUACAUCACAAAACCUGGAAGCUAUGUCUUCCGACUUAGUUGUACGAGGCUUGGCCAGUGGGCUAUUGGCUAUGUGACUGCAGAUGGGGAAAUUUUACAGACAAUUCCACAGAAUAAAUCCUUAUGCCAGGCUUUACUCGAUGGAUACAGAGAAGGGUUUUAUCUGUUCCCUGAUGGGCGCAAUGUGAAUCCUGAUCUCUCGUGGGCUGUGCAGCCAACUCCAGAAGACCAUAUCAAGGUGACACAGGAACAAUACGAAUUGUACUGUGAAAUGGGUUCCACAUUCCAGCUAUGCAAAAUAUGUGCAGAGAACGACAAGGACAUUCGUAUCGAACCCUGUGGUCAUCUGCUAUGUACACCGUGCCUCACAUCAUGGCAGGUAGACUCUGAAGGACAGGGCUGUCCAUUCUGCAGAGCUGAAAUCAAAGGCACAGAGCAGAUUGUGGUUGACCCUUUUGAUCCAAAGAGACAGCACAAGGCGGGAUCUACAGGAAACCUAGUGGACUUGGAUGAAGAUGAGGAGGAUCUAAGCAACUGGAACUGUAAUAUCAGUUCUCUUCAAGCUCUUGCACUUUCCCCUCGUUCAGAAACUGGUGAUGGCCGGGGUGGGCGAAGUCCCAUGAUAUCACCCCGUGCCUCGCCACAACUUCUUCGCCGAGGCACAACUCCAGUUGCACCUCCUCCCCCUUUACCACCCCGACGAGCUUCGCCUACGCUUGGUAGCCCUACAAGUUCUCCAAGCAACCAGCUAACUGUUCCUAAGGAGGAUGCCCCUCCUCCUCCAUGCACUUGUACAGUCAUGAUUGUCGCACAGGAAACUGAAGAACCAGAGACAUUAUCAGGCAUUGCUGAUACAAGGUAUGACAUACUACAGACAUCUGGUAGUUCCAUGGCCAAUAGCUCAAGUAAAGUAGCUGGCACAUCAUCACAUGUCCGACACCAGUCUUGCCCAGCCCUUCCCAGUUCCUGCAGCACUACAAUGCUGCCAUCAAAAUCUAAUACUACUCCUCUCUUUCCACCCCCUUUACCGCCUCCUACAGUACCAUCCAUCCCAUCCACUUCUUUGACAUCUUCAGUGUCAACGUCACAGAGCAGUAAUGCCCUGUCUGCUUCUGUUGCAUCUACUUCAGCAACCUCGCCCCGACAGCCUACAAGCACAGAGAGUAGUUCAGGAAAUUCGCUUCAGAGACAACACAGUGGAGGAAAUGCACAUACUAUUCAUUAUGCGGAACUUGCAGAUAUAUCAGAAGAACCUAGUUAUGAAAACACUAUCAUCAUUCCUGGAGGCACAUCAUUAAUAAAACCAGUGUACAGUGCAGCAGUUGAAACUGAUGUUCCAAACUCUGCUGUUAUUGCACAGAACAUCAAACCCCUUACCUUGGAAGCAAG